CUCUCUCUCUGUUUUUUCAGUUCAAUUGUUCAGCUCAACCCUUAAUCUAACGCUCGAUCUUGUUUCGUCCAGGCACCACUGCCGACGACCUAUUCCCUCUCUUCGAUAAGUAUGGGAAGGUCGUUGACAUCUUCAUUCCCAAAGAUCGAAGGACCGGUGAGUCGAGGGGUUUUGCUUUUGUGCGUUACAAGUAUGCUGAUGAGGCUCAGAAGGCCGUUGAUAGGCUUGAUGGAAGAAUGGUUGAUGGUCGUGAAAUAACUGUCCAGUUUGCGAAAUACGGGCCUAAUGCUGAGAGGAUUCACAAAGGAAGGAUUAUUGAAACAGCCCAGAGAUCAAGGCACAGGUCAAGGAGCCGCAGUCCCAGGAAAAGGUAUCGUGAUGAUUACAAAGACCGGGAUUAUAAGAGGAGAAGUCGUAGCAGAAGCUAUGAUAGGUAUGAACGUGACAGGCACCGGGGGAGAGACAAAGAUUACCGUCGCAGAAGCAGGAGCCGAAGUACUAGUCUUGAUUACAAAGGUCGUGGGAGGGGACGCCAUGAUGAUGAUUAUCAUAGUAGAAGCCGGAGCAGAUCAGUUGAUAGCCGAUCCCCUGCACGACGCAGUCCUAGUCCUCGAAGGAGUCCUUCCCCUCAAAGGAGCACUUCCCCUCGAAGGAGUUUUUCCCCAAUGAAAAGUCCACGGGGUGAAAGUCCUGCGAAUCGUAGCCGUGAUGGACAUUCUCCUACCCCUCGCAGUGUCUCACCUCGUGGUCGCCCUGAUGCUUCGCGAAGCCCUUCCCCUCGUAAUUCAAAUGGUGAUGAAUAAGUUAUGGAUUUUUUACAUGAAAAAUUCUGCGGAUGCUGGACUAUUGCACCUGUAGCUGUUUUGCCAUUGUUGGAUCUUUUAGUCCAUGUGAACGGUCUUAUCAGAGUCCUUGAAGGAUUUUAUGAUCUAAGUGCUGUUUGGUAGGAUCAGACCUCCUUGAUGUUUGAGUGUUUUUAUAUUUGGACUUUGCUAUGUUGUCUACUUCAGUUUUCAGUGACUAUUAGACCUUGCAGUGGAUAGGUUAAUAUCUCAUUUCGAGGGGUUUUGCCAUUUUAUUUUCAUACUGUUUGCAUUUUUCUCUCUCCAUAUUUUCAUUUUCAUUCCCACUUUAUAGGAAGGAAUGGCUGUGAUCUAGUUAAAGCUCAGUUAAUUUAUGUUGAACAACUUAUUGGGUUUUAUAGUUAUGAUCGGGAAAGUGAUGGGGGGCCUGAUAGGCGCAUGUUGACUUUGUUGCUGUUGAUGCUGUUUCUGUGUCCUUGAUGAUUGGUCGUGAAUUCGAUGCUGGUUGCAAGAGUAUGCUGGUUUUAGGACUGUGAUUGUUUUACCAGUUUGCUGAUUAGACAGACAAUUAGUUGACUUGAUUUUCCUGAUUGAUCUGAUCAUUGGUAAGCUUUUUUGGUUUACGUUUUUGUUUCUUCUGAGAACCCUCAUAACCACUGAGAAUUCUGAUCUUUGAUCUGGUAACCGUGUUUGGUGUUCAUUGGAAAAAGAAAGUGCCCUGAAAGGGAUUCUUGAUGCUGUGACGAACACAAGUUGAGCAUAUUUUGACAUGUAGCUGAUGCCUCGUAGGAGUUGGACCUGUCAUUUGUUGAUUCAGAUGCAGACAUUUAACAUAAAACUGUGGGUACUAAAUGUGAACGUUAAUGUGCUGGUGUUUAUUUCAAAUCACAGUGAAGGGAACAAUGGUAACACAUUCAUGGUUACUUUUUAGGAUAUUUUAAUGGAUAGUUUUUAACAUUGACCUUUCAAGAUUAUAAUAUCUGCUACUUAAUGUAGUUGAGAUACGUUUGUUGUAGCACACUGCUCCAUGACACUGUAGCUGUGAGGUGGUAGCUGAUGCAUCUUUUAUAUGAAAUGCAUGUGUUCGUGAAUAAUACGAAGAACUAACCAAUUACGUAGCUGACUGUUGCUGCCCUUUUUUGCUGUGUUCGGGUUGGCAAUGGUAUUAGCAGUUGGUACUGAUGAUGGCUGUCUAGCUGUGCUGCUGGUUUCUGUUGAUUCCAAAGCCGCGUGACAGAAUUGUUUUUCACUAUUGAACUGGUGAUUUGUUUUUGUAGCUUAAUUUCAGUUUUUCAUCUUUUUUCUUAUGGCAUAAAAAGGUUUAUCUCUAUUGCUUGUCUGUUGUUGCUUUGGCAUUGUGGUCUCUAUGGCAACAUUGUGUUUUGGUUAACUGUUUUGCAACUGAAAUAACAACCAUUGUUUUAGA